ACAUAUAUUCAAAUUAUUUUUAACGUUGGCGGAGUGUGCAAUUUUAGUGAUCAAUGUUGUUUCUUUAUUAUAUUAUAUUAUACAGUUAAUAAUUGUUUUAUAAGAUAUCCUGGUAUAUUGCAAUAGAAUUUUUUUCUUAAAAAUAUGGAUAAAUUCGUUGUGCGCGAAUCAACAUGGAAAACAAAGACUUACAAUUCGGCUGUGCUGCAAUCUAAGACACGUUUUAGUUUAAAUAACAGAACAAUAAAAACAAUAAAAAAAACUGAUAAAACAAAACCCUUAAAAGAAUUACAAUUUACCUCAAAUAAUACUGAUAAAAACGUUAUAAAAAUUGAUCGCAGAAUUAGCAUGCUAUUAAUGCCGUCUGAUCAGCCAUUAUUUGAAGUACUAAGUGACAGUGGCCUUAGUUGCAGUUCCAACAGCUCAGAUUCUAAUCAAUUUCAAACAUUAAAACAAUCACAGUUUGUUGAUAACGAAAAUAGUCAACCAAGUCCAUCCAAUAAUAUUGAAAAUAAAAUAACUAACGAACAUAGUGAACAUGGAACGAAAACGAAAUCGAUCCAUACAUUCACAACAAAUGGAGCAUCAGGUUUUCCAACUCCAGUUUCAAGUAUAAUAGUCGACGACUGCAGGAGCGUCAUAUCAAACAUAGAUUUAAAUAGUAAACCAAUAAAUGCACCAAUAUCUUUAACACCAAAAAAUAAGUCAAUUAUGACUCGCAUACAACGCGAUGUAAAUAGUCCAUCAGCAACUGUCAGAAUGCGUGCUUUGAAUGCUUUGAAAAAUCCAAUAAUGUCGCCAUAUUCACACUUUGAUGUAUCACUAAGAGAGCAGAGUCUAUAUAUACCCGAUGAACCACCAACUGCCAUGACUGAUAUCAUGAAAGGUGUUGUCGCAUAUGUCGACGUACGCAGUGGCGAAGAUAAUCGAACGGAUGGAAUUAAAAAAGUCAUAUUAUCACUUGGUGCUAAAGUAAUGGGAAAAGUUACAAUUAAUACAACUCACGUUAUUUUUAAAGAUGGCACACUUGCUGCUUACAAGGCAGCAAAACGUUUUAAUAUACCCAUUGUCUCUGUUUUAUGGGUGGAAGCCUGUAAAAAAUUCCGGAAAAUUUGCGACCCUACAGAAUUUCCAAUAUCAGAUUUAGAUCGUUUUGACAAUCCAGAAUUAUAUGAAAAAAGAAAGCGUAUCAAAUCUAUGCAACCUGACUCGGAAAUACAUAAACGUUUACGUGCUGUAACAUCAAAAGACUCUACCCCGAGAAGAAAUUCUCCAAAAAAUCUUAAGAAGACCCCAAGUGCGAUUAGUACACCGACAACAACAAAGAAACAGACUGAUUUAACAAGAUUCCUAUCGAAAUUCGACAACAAAACUCCAAACAAUGUUGUCUUAACCACUGAUGUGUCUCAAGAUUUACCAAACUCUAAACUUGUAGAUAAAUUCUCCGAGUUAAUUAGCUAUUCAAGUGAGGAGGGAUUCCUUAGACGCAAAGAAUUAGACGUCUUGAAAUCAGUCACACAUGAAGAAGCGAUAAAAGAUACUAUUUCGCAUCUUGAAACGGCGGAAGAAAACGAAAAUGUAUUAACUACAAACAUAUCUAGUGCAGUGAAACGUACUUAUAUACAAGAAGAUUCCAAUUUGGUGGAUAAUGUAAAACAAUUUUCAUCCCAAUAUAAUAAUCUUAAUAUAAGCAGAACACCUAGGCGAAGUGCAAUUAUGGCUUUACAAAAUAUUAGUCUUAUGUCUUUAGAGCAAAGUAUAUCUUCAACAAGUCGUGGUAAUAACCGAACAAAAAUUAUUGCGAAAGAAAUGGAUAUUUCUGCUAUGCAUGAAGAGAAUACGCCAAAAAGUCAAAAGAAAGUAAAAAGACGUACAUCAUGCACAGCAAAAGACCUUGAUAUUUCGGUGGCAAGUCCAAAAAUAAAAAAACGGCGUACAUUAUAUACACCGAGACUUACAAGUAUUGAAAGUGAGCAAGUAGAUACAACUAAUAUUGAUCUCAUGACCUCAACACCUACUCAAGACAAAAAUAGGGAAUCUUCGAAAAGCUCACAAAGUGACUCUACACCGCAAACAUCGAAAACAUUAGUGAAAAGGAUGUUAACACCUUUUGCAAGUUCGACACUAAUCUUUCAGAGUUCACAAAGUGAUUUUUCAGAACCAAUGUCAACAGUUGAAAAUGUAGGAACACUAACUAGAAAUGAAUCGCAUACAUCAUUUCUAAGUACGAAAAGUGAAGUUUCAAAUGAUCAUUUGGACUCAACCAUAAGCGAUGAACUAAAAACGCCUGUGCAAGAAAAAUUCAAUAAUACAAACGGAAAUUUAUUGAUUGAUGAACAUGCCAAUGUUUUUAGCUCGUCGCGCCAACCAGGAAAUCGCCUUAGUGUUAAUAAAACACUCAUGGACAUCGUUUCACAACGUGUACAAAAUAUUAACAAAUCUGCCAGGCGAUCAUUACUACCACCGACAAUACAUAGUGAAUUAGAAAUGCAUCGCAAAUUCUUGAAUUCUGAAAUGCUUUCACAAUGUACACCAAAAGAACCACUUACUGUUACAGUUAAAACUACCACAUUAAAUUGUGAUAGCUGUGAUAUACCUUCAGAAGUAUACAGUACAGAACAAGUGCUGCAAGAAGAUAGAAAUGCUACUGCUACACCACCAGUUGCAAUUAAGAAACGUAAACUCUUUAUGCCAAACGAAAGUCCAUUGCCACAAAGCAAUGAUAAUAAACAUACAUCCAAUAUCAAUACAAAUAAACGUCGAAAAACUAUUUUGCCAACUGUUCAAAAGCAACCAUCGCCCUCAGCAGCACCACCUUCAUCACCACCACCAAGACCGCCACCAAUUUCUGUGAUCACUCCAUUGACAACAUUUGCCAACAAUAAAAUGACAGACUCAAAAAAUGCCAAUUCCGCUGAUGCCAAUCAAGAUGAUAUAUUUCUAAAUAAAAAAGCUGCGGAAAGCUUUUCAAAAGCACUGGAGAUAAAAGCUCAAAACGCAAAAAGUGAUAAACAAAAAACCAUAAACAUUUAUAAAAAAGCAAAAUUAAGCUCAGUAAGGGGCAAAAAAAAAGCUUCGCAUAUCGUUUGCACUAAUAUGCACAGUAAAGAGGUCGAAUCAACUCGAGAGGCUAUCAAGAAACUUGGAUGCUUUCAAUUGGAGAAGCGAGUUACAAAUGAGACUACACACAUUAUAACGACAGACCCGAAACGUACAUUGAAUCUGUUGCGUGGAUUGGUGCGUGGCCUUUGGAUACUGAAAUAUGAUUGGAUAAAUGAAUCAUUAAAUGCUGGUAAAUGGCUGUACGAGGAACCAUUUGAAAUACACGAAUUUUCAAGAGCUAUUAAGAUCUGUCGUGCAGAACGACAAGCAUUUGGUAAAAAGUAUAGAAGCGAACUAUUUUCAGAACUGGAACCAUUUUUUGUGUCAUCGGAAUGUCAUAAUAUAUCUAAAGAUGAUUUGGAAGAGUUAAUUGAGUUAGGCGGCGGCAGAGUCGUCCAACAUCGAAAGCAAGCAAAAUACAUUGUAUGCGACAAGAAGAGCAACAAAGAAAAUAAAAUUCACGUGACAUAUUUUUGGGUGUUGGACAGUUUGACUCAAAUGGAAUUACGUAGAAUACACCCCUAUUCACCGAAGGGUUGUGAACUGGAAUUAGUAGCCCCUCAAGAAAUGCCAAAAUCAUAUGAUGAUAGUAAAAGCGUUCACUAUAACCCCAAUAUCAAUCCAAGGAAUGUUUAAUAUAAAUUGUAUUAAAAUUGUUCUUAAGAAUUUCCAUGUGCAAAAAUAUAUUGUUUAACGAUUUUAUCCGAAGAAUUGUAUAUUUUUAUCAUUUCAUUUCAAAUAUUGCACGGAAGACCUAUUUUCAUUCAACUUUUUUCGAAUUAUGUCAUGCUACGUAUAUUUGUAAUCAAUUUUAAUAUUAUUAUUGUGAGUCAUAUGCAUUUCAGUUUCUUGUGAAACAGAAACUAACCAUUUGUUGCUAAUUAAUUUUGGUAAAUCGUUGAAUGUUUAUAUUAU